UGACCCCUUACGUCUCUCUCACUGGCCAUUGGCGGCUGACGUCCUCGUGAUGACCGGAACCCUCGGUUUUGCACUCCGCGCAUCUGUUCAACGAGUAAGCCGCUUCCUUAGCCGGCCUCUCACUCUAUCUCCCUCAAGACUUCUAUGCAGUGAGGAUUGCUCGAGUAGGUCUGUGGAAACGAUGGAUACUGUUAGCAAACCUGUGACGCGUGUACUGUUUUGUGGAUUUGAUUUCUUAUCUUCACAGAAAUUCACACGGGAAUAUCUACAGAACCAUCCAUACAUUCAGGUUGAUGAUGUGGCACUUGAUGAGGUCCCAUACGUGAUUGGAAAAUAUGAUAUGUGCGUGGUGAAAAAUGGCCGGCUGGAUGUAAAUGUUAUUGCAAGUGCUGUUAAGAUGAAGCUCAUUAUGCAAUUUGGUGUUGGAUUGGAAGGUGUUGAUGUCAUUGCUGCCUCAAAACAGAACAUUAAAGUUGGACGAAUUCCUGGUAGGACUUCUGGCAAUGCUGGCUCUUGUGCAGAAAUGGCAAUAUACUUGAUGCUGGGCCUUCUCCGGAAGCAGAAGGAGAUGGAAAUUUCCGUUAAGAAGAAAAUACUAGGAGAUCCAAUUGGAGAGACACUUCAUGGGAAAACUGUUUUUAUACUAGGAUUUGGAGCUAUUGGAUUUGAACUUGCCAAGAGAUUGAGACCAUUUGGUGUAACGAUCAUUGCAACUAAGAGAAAUUGGCAUCCAAAGUCAACACAAUUCUAUUGUAAGAAGUUCUUGAUUGAUUUAUUGCUAGCAUCAAAUGAAAAAAGUGAUGAAGUGGAUGGUCUGGUUGAUCGGAAGGGUGGUCCACAUGAAAUUUAUGAAUUUGCUGGUGAAGCUGACAUUGUUGUCACUUGCUUAACUUUAAAUCCUGAGACCGUUGGUAUCGUUGAUGAGAAGUUUCAUUCUUCUCUAAAAAAGGGUUCCCUUUUGGUAAAUGUUGCCCGAGGAGGGAUACUAGACUACAAAUCAGUCCUUCGGCAUCUGGAGUCUGGGCAUUUAGGUGGAUUAGCUAUUGAUGUUGCUUGGAGUGAGCCAUUUGAUCCCGAGGACCCAAUUUUAAAGUUUCCAAAUGUCUUGAUCACACCGCAUGUCGCAGGAGUAACAGAGUUCUCUUAUAGAGCAAUGGCAAAGGUUGUUGGUGAUACUGCUAUUGAACUCCAUGAGGGGAUUCCAAUUAAAGGAUUAGAGUUUGUGAACUGAAAAAUGAUUCCUUGCAGAGAAAUCUUGUUUUAAUUUCGCAAUUUUUUUUUUUUUUAAAUGAUUUGGUGGUCACUGCUCGAAAGAAUGUAUUAAUGGUUGCUUUUUUUCAGUUUUUGCCAGCAAAAGUAAAGCUUCUGCCGCAUUCUGCUAUUAUUGCCUUGUAAACGUACGUAAUAUCUUUUUAAUAUUUUAUGUAGAUAUUUUUUAGCUCUGAA